CGGUGCCGGGCAAAGGUCAGGAGUCUGCGCACAACGCGUAACCAACAUGGCGGCGUUUGGUCGCGUGUUGCUGAGGUCGAGACAAAAAUUGUGUUUGCGCUGGUCGUCCUCUACUGUAGAGGCAGCUAAACCAGUGACAGCCAGUCCUGACAUCACAGACACAGUACAGGACCAGACAGGCAGCAGGAAAACAACAAGGUUCAUCAGUCCAGAAUUCAUCAUUCCCCGCGGGAUGAAGGCAGACUUCCCCACCAAGAACCACGUGGAGAGGAUGGACAUGCUACGCCGGCGCUCCGUCAUGGACAUUCCCGAGUUUUAUGUGGGCAGCAUCUUGUCAGUGUUGACUGCUGACCCCUACGCCCCCGGUAAAUACCAGAAGUUUGUGGGCAUCUGUAUCAAGAGGGGAGGAUACGGACUGGGGGCCACCUUCACUCUCAGAAACGUGCUCAAUGAACAAGGUAUAGAGAUCUGCUAUGAGCUGUACAACCCCACCAUCCACCAGGUGCAGGUGCUGAAGCUACAGAAGUCAGUCGACCCCCACAUGGUGUACCUGAGAGACGCCCUGCCUGAGUACAGUACUGUAGACUUCAACUUCCAGCCUGUACAACACAACCCUCAGGACCCUGUACCAAUACUGGAUACCAAAGUGCUCCUGAAGCCCCCUCCGUGGUACUGGCGCUGGGAGAGGGUGGAGCUUCAGGGCAUCGACAGGGAACACAUGAGACAGAACCACCUGAGUCAGAAGAGACUGGACAAGAUGGACAACCACAGAAAACCCUGGAUGGAGUUUGACCUCAUGUACGAGUACGACACCACCAAGGUUGAGGAGGACGUUAUCAAGGACAUGGAGUACUUCCAAAACGUUGUGAGACGGAAAAAAGAAACUGUUACAUCAGAAAAGGCUACCGAGGAGGAGAAAACAUAACUAUGGACAAU